GCGCCGGCGCGCAGCGGCCGCGAUGCGCGCGGCCUCGCCCUCGCGUCCCUGGACUUCUGGCGGGCUGAUUGCUUUUCCACCCCACCGGGCGCGACGAGAACGCCCAGCAGACUCGAAGCUCGGAGCUCGAGCCUCCAGCUGCCGGGCAUGUCUGCGGGAGAGCCGCGACCGUUCAAGGUGAAAUGCCCCGCGCUGCGUCAGAGCUCCCAACGCCGUGUCCCUUGUUACCAUUCCGCCGGAGCAGUCGCCCUCUGCCCAGCCGCCGACGCAAAAAAAGUGUGUGUGUGUGUGCGUGUGCGCAUAGUUUUCUUUACUUUAUCAGCCGACGUCCCCCGAACAGCGCCCUCCGCCAGCGGCCGCCGCGGGCGCGCCGCGCUGCGGCCGCUGCGCGCGCCAGUGCGGCAGGCGGCGGCGGACGCCCUCCAGGCCAGGGUUCCAGAGCAGGGCUGCCUGGUGCCGCAGGAUCAUGAUGUUCUCUACGAGGGCGUACCAGAGGACCCAGCGGAGCGGCUGCUGGACCUGUUCAAGGGCACGGCCAUCUACGUGCUGCCCUUUGCCGGUCCGGUGGUCGCUUUCGGGUUGUGGCCGCAGCUGCUGGCCCUCGUGCACUUCGUCCUGGGCGAGGAGGCGGGUCUGCUCGAGCUGACGCAGCUCACCCUGAAUCCGACCACCAACGGCAUCGUGGUAGCAUCUCUGGGCACCGCCCUCGGCACCCUAACAUCCAUAACGGUGUGGACGCUCCGCCAGCGGCAGUUGGACAUCAGGAGCGCCCUCAACAAGGAGGCCUGCGAGCUGCAGAUGCUGGCGGCGACCCUUACCACGUCGGAGUCGGCGGCAGUGGACCCGCGAGGGGGCGCCCAGGCGGCGGCCUACGUGCGGAUGAUAUCCCUGUUCCGGCAGUACGUGGCGCGCUUGAUCGAGGAGUCCAGCAAGCGCGCCGACGUUAGGCAGCUGGAGCUGCGGGGCGCCGGCACGAGCGAGCUGACGGGCAUUGCGCGCACCGCGAGGCAGUGCGGCAUGCCUCCAGACAUGACCUCGGACCUGGCCUCGCACAUCGGCCGCCUGAGCGACGCGCGAUCGAUGCGGCUCGCCAGCCUGAGCACCGCCUUUCCGCUGAUCCACUGGGCCAUAUUGUCACUGCUGGCGGCGUCGAUCUCGUUGUGCUUCCUCAUCGAGAUCGACCAGUACGAGGGCAGGUUCAUGAGCGAGCGCCCGGAGAACUCCCUGCGUCUCCGCAUCGUGUUCACUUUUUUGGUCGGCACGUUCUCUGGCCUGUCUGGACUCUGCGCGGACCUCAACGACCCCUUCCGGGGAAGCUUCUGCGUCACCAACACUGUGAGGCAGUUCUACACCCUGCUCGCCAACGCCGACAGGGAGCUCGAGGGCGCGCUGAUGGCGCUGAACCCGAGCCUGUCGCGCAGCGACAUCGAGAGGGAGGUGAGGUCCUCGAGCGCUUCCGGGAGUGCCGACUUCGGCUCGUUCGGCGCGUGGUUGCGGAACAGGUGGACGGCGGGUCCCAGAAAGAGGGCGGCCUGAGAGGCUUCUGGAUCUAGGGCCGUUGUAGCUGCUUGUGUCUCACACCUUCGGUAUUACACCAGGGAAAAACCCCAGUCAGUGGAUGUGCGGAAAGAAUGGGCACGAAGACCGACGGCAGUUCUUGAUCAUUUUGAGCAGGACUCGGUGUCGGCGUCGCUGCGGGUGUUGUCCAUUUGAGGCAGGAGGCCGCCUGUCCAACAGCGGUCGAUGCCGGUUUUGGACAACCUUUGCUGUCGGGCGCGGGCGUACAGUUUCCCUCCUCGAGAGUGUCCCCAUCUCCGCGGGGCGGCGCGACGGCGCGGAGAUGCUCGCGCUCUUCUCGCGCGCCGCGCACCGCCGAGCGGCGCGAGGCUGGAUGGGGCGCUGCCAAGAGAGCGCUCCCAGCCGAAUGUGCCUCCAGGAUCUCCUCGGGGGCGGCC